AUUAGCCCGAGACCCGGCGAAUUGACAGGUUGUAGUAUAGCCCCGGCGCGGCGAAGAUUAUCAGGCAGGGCGCGUCUCGCAAUCAGCAAACCCUCUGCCCUCGCCCUCAUAAGAGGCUUUCUCGAGCCCAACCCUCAGCCCUCACCCUUGUGCCACUGCUGCACACCCAACCUGCCGGCAUGGCCUGACGAGCAACUCUCCAAACCCUCCCUCACAAUCCGCUCGAUCGCUCCUUGGAAACUCCUCACCACCAAGACUGUUGGAGGAGAGAAGAGCGCGCAAAGAUGGGGUCGAAGCGUCCGAUGCAGAAUCUGAUCCUCGAGAUCCUCAACGCCCAGCCGUCGCUGAGAGACUCGAAGACGUACCUCAAUUACUUUGGCCCCCGUGUCGCGUCUGGAUCAAAGCAGCCACGCUCGUCGCCGCCUCCCUUUCACUUGCAGUCGAAUGCACCCCCACCCCACCAGCACCUCGCCCAUCCGGGUCCCCCUCCCCCGCCGCCGAGGCCGUUUGGACCACCGUCGACGCAGCAGCAGGACCAGGACCGGUUCCGGCAAGAGCUGCUCCAGCCCAGAGCCGAACAGCAGCAGCAGCAACAGCAACAGCCGCACACCAAUGCAGACUCGCACCAGUUUGCCCAGCCCGACAUCGCCGUCCGAGCGACGACGGCGGCGAUGCAUGAGCUUGCGCCGCCUGCCUCGCGCUCCGAGGCGCAAGUCGCAACUGGCCCCGAGGCUGCACUCGCCGAGUCGCUCUCAACGCCACCGAUACAGCAGCACACGGCCCUCGUCAAGAUCCAAGGUCCCUUCACCGAGCGCCAGCUCGAGAGCAUCGCAGAGGGCAUGGUCUACCUCAAGCGCCUCGGCCUCGUCUCGGUCAUUGUCAUUGAUUCCGAGGACGUCGCCUGGCGGGGCGCUACAUCGCACUUUGACCCCGACACGGGUGCGCGCGUCGACGCAGAGGCCAACGAGGCCGAACAGGAGCGCAAGGGUCUGGCUCCUUGGCUCGCGACGGCAUCACCGUCCCCUCCUUCGUCCUCCUCCUCCUCCUCUUCCACCCCGUCAAGAACAGACUCGAGGGUUGGUGUUGGAAAAGGCAUCAAGACGAGCAAGGCGAGGAGCGAAGAGGCGUUGCGGAAGCGCAUGCUCUCCGAGGUCCAUCGGCUCUCGGAGCUUCUCAUCGAAAAGGGCGCACCGGCGAGGCCCUAUUCGCAUCCCAUCCUGCGCAUCGACGCUGCCUCUGUCAAGACCUCGAUGCAGGCCCACCCACCGGAUCUACCUGGCAAGAUCAAGGCUCACCCUCUCUAUUCGUGGGCCGAGAGAAUGUCGUCGCUGAAGAAAGGCAGGAGCGGCAAAGUGCAACAACAGGGCGAGGACGACGACGAUGCGACGCCUAUCCCACGCUCGCCCCUCGUCAGCGACGAUGGCCUGUCCUCGAUGCGAUCCGCCCUCGCACACGACAUGAUCCCCGUCAUUGCACCGCUCGCCCUCUUUGAGGAGCCAGAGGCAGGCGGCGCACCGAGGACUACGUGCGUGCCUGCCGACGACGUCGUCGUUGCUCUUGCCCGCGAGAUGGCGGCAAAGGCAAAGCAGGACGAUGCCACGAGCGCAGCCAGCGUCGACAUGAUGCCUCUCCGGCUGAUGGUCAUCAACCGAGAGGGAGGCAUCCCGUCGCACGCCCGUGGCGGCAACCCGCACCUGAGCAUCAAUCUUGCUUCCGAAUACUCGCACCUGACGAACUCAUUCAUCUGGAACCGCACCCACCCAACAGCCCUUAGCAACCUGGCCAUGGUCCGGGAUUGCCUGGCAUACAUGCCCCCAACGUCUUCGGGCGUCGUCGUCUCUCACCGCUCCCCGCGGUCCCUGAUCGCGAACCUCAUCACCAACAAGGCCGCCCACAGCCCCAGUCUGCCGCACCGGCUCGUGGCGGGGAGAAAGGACGUGCGGCACACGCCCACCAUCAUCCGUCCCGGUCUCGACAUUGUCGUCAUGUACGACUGGUCCAAGGUCGACAAGGACAAGCUCGCGCGCCUGCUCGAGGCCUCGUUCAGGCGCAAGCUUGACCGCGACGCCUACUUUGCGCGGCUCGAGCGCAAGUGUGAGUUUGUCAUUGUCACGGGCGACUACGAGGGCGCGGCCAUUGUGACGCGCGAGUAUGCGCCGGGCGAGGUCGAGGGCGAGACAGAGGCGAUUGCCUACCUCGACAAGUUUGCCGUCCUGCCCUCGCUGCAGGGCUCGGGCGCCGUCGACUUUCUGUGGGGCGCCCUGCGCGAUGAAGUGAGCGGACUGGGCCUUCUGGAUGCGCUCAACGACAACGGCGGCAAGGGCGGCUUUGGCCGUGGGAGAGACCUCGUCUGGAAGAGCCGCAGCGACAACCCAGUUAAUCGGUGGUACUACGAGCGGUCCAAUGGCUUUGUUCGCAUCGACACGGACGCCGUCGCGGGCAAGAAGAAGCCUGCGCCCGCAGCUGAGGCCGGGGCGGAGGGCGACGCCGAGGCUUGGGAGCCUAAGUGGAGCAUGUUCUGGUGCGACGCUGAGGAGCGCAUCGCGAGCAUGGGCGGCGAGCGGCGCCUGGGCGCAGAGGCCUCGUUUGAAGACGUCUGGGACGAGUCGGCGUCGAGCUUCAAGCUGACGCAGGAUGCUUCCUCGCCCUUUGCCAGCGAGGAGGAGGAGGAUGGACGCAGACGCGGGCCGAUGCAGGGGCAGGAUGGACAGAUGACUGAGUUUGGACGCGCACUCAGGGAGCUGGACCCGCGGCCGGGCGGAGGCACCAGUCUCAAGCUCCUGCCUGUCGUUCAUCCCGACGAGGAAGGCAGGCUGGACCGAUGGGCCAGGUGCAUGGCCACAAUUCCAUCCGCCUGGUUGUAGUCGGACCUCAUAUGCUAGGGAUAUAGAUGCGCAUCAGUCAUUUCACCAAUAUAGAUGGAAUUCAAAUCAGACAAUCAGCACAGAG